AACCGUUCACGUGUUCCAUCUGCAACCUGUCGUUUGCCCGCAUGGACAACCUUAAAGCUCACACCAAGACUCACAACAAGGAGCGUCAACAAGGAGAAGCUGAGACCACGGGGCCUGCGCCGGUGGAGGCCACGUCAGGAGCUGAAGAAAUGCGCAACAUCCUCCAACUCCAGCCCUACCAACUUCCCACCCACCCCGAGCAGGAGAUCCAGCUGGUGGUGAACAACAUCAACCUGUGCCAGGAUCAAAGUAUCAGCAUCAUCACUGCAGAAGAUACUUCUGUGGAACAGGGUCUCACGCUUCUCACCCAACCUUCUGGUCACGUCCCAAACCUGGCGCUGGUCACGCCAGAUGGAUUAGAUGCCAGUACUCAAAUCCAAACCAUCAGCGUUUUAGGAAGUCAGGUGAGCGGCGGACAGCCAGAGCAAAUGCAUGUCAUCACGCUGACCAAAGAAGCCAUGGAGCAACUGCAGGUUCAUCACGGAGGUCCACAACAGCUGCAGGUGAUCCACCAACUGUCUGAGAGCUCUGCUGAAAAUCCCAGCCAGACGAGUCCAGCGGGAGGCAUUCACAUCAGCAGCCAGAGCGGGCAGCCCAUCUCCAUCAGCCAGACCAGCGAGCAGAUCCCCAGCGAUCAGAUUCAGGGCCAAACCUUCCAGAUCCAGGCUGGAACCGUCUCGUACCUCUACACCACCAGCAUGACCCCGCAAAACUGAACUGACACAGUUUGAAUCCAUCAGGAUGCUGAUGCUGAUACUCAUAAUGCUGAUGCUUGUUCUCUUUUGUUGUAAAUGGUUAUAUUUUAAGAGAGCAAAGCUGAUUUCAUUGAGAGC